UUCCUCUUAACAGUUUGUGAGUUGUCUUCAACAAUCACUCUUUUCUCUCUUUUUCUUUUUCCAAAAUUUAUUUAUUUAUUUCGCUUCUAAUCGCUUCAGUCUCUCAUCUUUUCUGCUUCAAUCCUCAAAAUUUAUCCAAGCUUGACGGCGAGCGUCGAGGGAAAUGGCCUCGUUCGCCGGACAAACGAUUCUCGUGACUGGUGGGGCAGGGUUCAUCGGGUCUCAUACAGUGGUUCAGCUUCUCAAAGAGGGAUUUAGGGUUUCCAUAAUCGACAAUUUUGAUAAUUCCGUGAUGGAAGCAGUAAAUCGGGUUCGGGACUUGGUGGGUCCUCUGCUUUCUCAGAAGCUUGAGUUCACUCAGGGUGAUCUCAGGAAUAGGGAAGAUUUGGAGAAACUGUUCUCUAAGACGAAAUUUGAUGCUGUGAUCCAUUUUGCUGGUCUAAAAGCUGUUGGAGAAAGUGUUGUAAAGCCCCGUCGAUAUUUUGAUAAUAAUUUGAUCGGCACCAUCAAUCUUUAUGAAGUUAUGGCAAAAUAUAACUGUAAAAAGAUCGUUUUUUCAUCAUCGGCAACAGUAUAUGGUCAACCUGAUAAGAUACCCUGUGUUGAGGACUUCAAGCUACAAGCCAUGAAUCCUUACGGAAGAACCAAGCUUUUUCUUGAAGAAAUUGCUAGAGACAUUCAAAAGGCUGAGCCAGAAUGGAGAAUCAUCUUACUGAGAUACUUCAAUCCAGUUGGGGCCCAUGAAAGUGGUAAAAUUGGUGAAGAUCCUCGGGGCAUCCCAAAUAACCUCAUGCCUUACAUCCAGCAAGUAGCUGUUGGCAGAUUGCCAGAGCUUAAUGUAUAUGGUUUUGAUUAUCCCACAAAGGACGGCACUGCGAUUCGGGACUAUAUCCAUGUAAUGGAUUUGGCAGAUGGUCACAUUGCUGCCCUGCGAAAACUUUUUGCAGCUGAGAACAUUGGUUGUACUGCUUACAACUUGGGAACUGGCUGUGGUACAUCUGUUCUUGAAAUGGUUGCAGCAUUUGAAAAGGCCUCUGGAAAGAAAAUUCCAUUAAAAAUGUGUCCAAGGAGGCCUGGAGAUGCUACUGCUGUAUAUGCAUCUACAGAGAAGGCUGAAAAAGAACUUGGUUGGAGGGCCAAAUAUGGCAUAGAGGAGAUGUGCAGGGACCAAUGGAAUUGGGCAAGCAACAAUCCUUGGGGUUAUCAAGAGAAGAAGCUUUGAAUUGGCAUGAGAAUGAAGAUUCUCAACCCGAACACAUGGCUAGUUACAUUACCUUUUUAUACCUUGAUUUUCUUUUUCUUCUUGUUUUUUUUUUUAUUAUCUUGGGACUCUUCAACGUAUGACAGUGAGAAAUUUAAAAUAUAAGUUACUUUGUUCUUGAUUGA